AUGGAAACCCUAGCUAUCUCUACCCGAUUGCCAUCGCCGACUCUCCAUCUCCAGUUCCGAUCCCCCGCCGCCGGUGCUUCCGCUGUAAAGAACCCCUUUACGGCUUCGCCGAUUUCCCUCCGGCAUCACCAUCGCCCGCUUCUACCCUCCCUUAGACGCGCGCUUUCUCCUCCUCCCUCCGCUCUCUUAGAUGACAAGGAGGAGGCAGGGAGAUUUAAGGAAGCGUCGAAGAAUGGCUGCAAUAUGGUGCCGCUGUACCGAUGCAUUUUCUCCGAUCACUUGACGCCCGUGCUCGCCUACCGCUGCCUAGUAAGGGAGGACGAGAGGGAUGCUCCCAGCUUCUUGUUCGAGUCAGUGGAGCAAGGUUCUUUAGGAACCAAUGUGGGUCGCUACAGUGUAGUGGGAGCUCAACCAGCGAUGGAGAUUGUGGCAAAGGAGAAUAGGGUGUCUAUAUUGGAUCAUGGAGCAGGCUAUAAGACUGAGAAAACAAUGGAGGACCCAAUGGAAGUUCCUCGAACAAUCAUGGCGGGUUGGAGUCCACUGCUCAUUGAUGAUCUCCCUCACACAUUUUGUGGUGGAUGGGUAGGAUAUUUUUCUUAUGACACAGUGCGAUAUGUGGAGAAGAAGAAACUUCCUUUCUCUCGUUCGCCAAAGGAUGAUAGAAAUCUCCCAGAUGUACAUUUAGGCCUCUACAAUGAGGUGAUUGUGUUCGAUCAUGUUGAAAAGAAAGCAUUUGUCAUUCAUUGGGUUCACAUUGAUCAAUAUUCCUCCGUUGAGGAUGCUUAUAAAGAUGGGAAGAACAAGUUGGAGAAUUUGCUAGCACGGGUACACAAUAGAGUUGUACCAAGGCUCAGUUCUGGUUCGGUUAAAUUGCAAACUCGCCAAUUUGGCAGUUCCUUGAAGAUGUCAUCCAUGACCAAUGAAGCAUACAAGGAAGCUGUUACGAGGGCAAAAGAACACAUUCUUGCAGGAGAUAUCUUCCAAGUGGUCCUGAGCCAGCGGUUCCAAAGGUCUACAUUUGCUGAUCCAUUUGAAGUGUAUCGUGCAUUAAGAAUUGUGAAUCCAAGUCCCUAUAUGACUUAUUUGCAAGUGUGUAUUCCCUCUUUCAAAAUUUCCAUUUUUAUCGAUCUUAUUUCCGCAAGGGGUGCCAUCUUAGUAGCAUCAAGCCCUGAAAUUCUUACUCGAAUGAAGAAGAAGAAGAUCGUGAGCCGACCACUUGCCGGGACUAUUAAAAGAGGCAAGACAAUCGAAGAAGACAAGAAACUUGAAAAGAUACUACUAAGUGAUGAGAAGCAAUGUGCCGAACACAUUAUGCUUGUCGAUUUAGGGCGUAACGAUGUCGGAAAGGUCUCAAAGCCAGGUUGUGUCACAGUUGAGAAGCUUAUGAAUGUCGAAAGAUACUCCCAUGUGAUGCACAUUAGCUCCACGGUUACUGGGGAGCUGCUUGACCAUCUCACAUGCUGGGAUGCUCUACGUGCUGCAUUGCCAGUAGGAACAGUCAGUGGAGCUCCUAAGGUAAGAGCCAUGGAAUUGAUUGACGAGCUAGAGGUGACAAGAAGAGGGCCGUACAGCGGCGGGUUUGGAGGAAUAUCUUUGUCCGGUGAGAUGGACAUCGCACUUGCUCUCAGGACCAUCGUCUUUCCCACUUGCGACCGUUACAACACUAUGUACUCCUACAAUCACAUUCACCGGCGGCAAGAAUGGGUGGCGCAUCUCCAGGCGGGCGCCGGCAUAGUGGCCGAUAGUGUUCCAGAUGACGAGCAGCGCGAGUGCGAGAACAAGGCCGCAGGUCUUGCUCGCGCCAUUGAUCUUGCAGAGUCAGCUUUUGUGAACAAGGACGAUUAG